CAUUCCUAGUGUGUCCCUUAUAAUAACAAUUUUUUCACGCAGUUUAUUUUUAUCGGUCCUGUAAAUUUUAUUCCAGUUUUAGGCUAUCCUGCGGGGAAAUUGAAAAUAGUUAAAACAAGGUGGCAUAAUGUCUUUAUCAAGUAUUUUACCUUCGCCCUCAAACCCAGUUUGGGACAGGGAAGAUGAACGCCGCGUUGCACAAAAAUCGAGGAUUAUUGGUGCACCCAUGGGUGCUUUAGUGUCUGCGAAGAUUGCUGCACCUCCGUAUGGCCAACGCAAGGAUUGGAUACCACGCACCGAAGCAGAUUUCGGAGAUGGGGGUGCCUUUCCUGAAAUACACGUGGCUCAAUAUCCAUUGUGUAUGGGAAGUCCUUCUAAUUUAAACAAAAAAUCGAACGCUCUAGCAGUACGCCUAGAUGAAAAGGGAAAAAUCAAAUAUGAUGCUAUUGCCCGGCAAGGGCAUGGAAAGGACAAAAUUGUUUAUUCGUCUAUAUCACAGUUACUCCCAGCGGAAGUUCUCGCUGAAGAUGCAGAAGAACUGCGGCGACCCGACGCUGAAACCGUUGCAGAUACAACAGAGGAAACUCAACGAGCUUUGGAAAAGUUAACAAAUGCGAAGAUAGCUGCUGCUAUGCCAGUGCGGCAUGCUGAGAAAACAGCUCCAGCACAGUAUAUACGUUACACGCCAUCACAACAAGGUGAUGCCUUCAAUUCUGGAGCAAAGCAAAGAGUUAUACGUAUGGUUGAGGCACAACAAGAUCCAAUGGAACCACCAAAGUUUCGGAUAAAUAAAAAAAUACCCCGUGGUCCACCAUCACCUCCCGCACCGGUACUGCACUCGCCUUCGCGCAAAGUUACUGUUAAAGAGCAAAAGGAAUGGAAAAUACCACCUUGCAUUUCGAAUUGGAAGAAUGCCAAGGGUUAUACGAUUCCGCUGGAUAAACGUUUGGCUGCUGAUGGCCGAGGAUUGCAACAAGUUCAUAUUAGUGAAAAAUUCGCAAAAAUGGCUGAGGCUUUAUACAUAGCUGAUCGUAAAGCCCGAGAAGCGGUAGAGGCGCGUGCAACGCUCGAAAAGAAGCUGGCGCAAAAAGAAAAAGAAAAGAAGGAAGAUAUGCUAAGGAUGAUGGCGCAGCGUGCUCGAGAGGAGCGCGCUGGUCUGCGUCAACCGGAUGACCCAGCUGCUUUGAAUCCAGAAACACGCGAGCGUAAUGAACUGAGGGCCGAACGUCAUCGUGAACGUCAACGUGAUCGAAAUUUGGCACGUGCAGCACCGGAAAAGCGAUCGAAAUUGCAACGUGAACGAGAACGUGAUAUUUCGGAGCAAAUAGCGUUGGGUAUGCCAGCGAAGACCUCUGGCAAUGGUGAAACAAUGUUUGACCAGCGCCUUUUCAAUACAACAAAGGGUAUGGAUUCGGGCUACGGUGACGACGAAGUAUAUAAUGUAUACGACAAACCGUGGCGUGAUUCCAAUUCCUUGGCCUCGCAUCUGUACAGACCGAGUAAGCAGUUAGAUAAUGAUGCCUAUGGAGCGGACUUGGACCGCAUUGUGAAUACACAACGCUUCGUGCCAGAUAAGGAGUUUUCCGGAACUUCGCGCGGUGCUGGUAGUGCCGCUCAACGAUCUGGUCCGGUUCAAUUCGAGAAAGAAGAGGAUCCAUUCGGUUUGGAUCAGUUCUUGAAUAUGGCUAAAAAGGCACCAAAGCGAUCAGAGGAUAAGAGUGAUCGUAGUAAUUCCGAGAAGAAGCGCAGGAAAGACUAGGGAAACAAAUUGUAACCACUACUAAUAUAAGUUGAAGAAUGUGGAGAUUUAUAUACAUAUAUGUUAUGUAUAUAUAUGUAUAUCGUUUACCAUCAAUACAAAAGGGCCAAGUUGACAAUUUUGAAACUUUUCAGGAGAAGAAUACAACUUUUUAAAUUCACGUAGGAAAUACAUUGGUAUGGAUGUUUGGCCUUUGCUUUGAUUGGUAUAUAAGUUCUAGUAAAUAGAAAAGUUACGGUUAAAAUUCCUUCAUGUAUGACAACAAUGAAGAAUGUUAAAUAAAGCAGUGAAAUCCCCAAAUUAUCUUAACUGA